UGUCAGGAACGGUGUCUGACAUUUCCUUGGUCCACUGGAAGCAGCAGUGGCUGGAAAACGGCACCCUCUAUUUCCACGUCUCCAUGGGCAGCGCUGAGCAGCUAUCGCGGGCCACCCCGCCAACCCUGCAGGAACCUUCCGAGAUUGUGGAAGAGCAGAUGCACAUCCUCCACAUCUCCAUCAUGGGUGGCUUGAUAGCUCUGCUCUUGCUGCUGCUGGUGUUCACCGUCGCCCUGUACGCCCAGCGCCGUUGGUGCAAGCAGCGCCGGAUCCCGCAGAAGAGCGCCAGCACGGAAGCCACCCACGAGAUCCAUUACAUCCCGUCCGUCCUGCUGGGCACGCAGGGGAGGGAGAGCUUCCGCAGCUCCCGCCUGCAGGCCCACACCUCCGUCAUCGGCAUGCCCAUCCGCGAGACCCCCAUCCUGGACGACUACGACUACGAGGAGGAGGAGGAGAACCCCCUGCGGCCUGGGCUCUGCUACCGGGAGGAUGAGUUUGGGGGUCAAACGAUGAUGCAGCCACUGGACAGCCUGGGCAGGAGCGGAGGAGAGAAGCUGGAUUAUGAAAAGAAAGCGGCUGAGGUGACCCAAGAAACGGUGGAGUCCCUGAUGCAGAAGUUUAAGGAGAGCUUCCGGACCAAUACGCCCAUCGAGAUCGGCCAGCUCCAGCCCGCUCUGCGGAGUUCAUCGGUCGGGAGGCGGAAACGGAGGAACCGACCCCGAGGUGGGAUCGGGUUUGGCCGUGCCAAAGGCAACUCCGGCUCGGAAGCAGAUGAUGAAACUCAGCUGACCUUCUACACUGAGCAGUACAGGAGCCGACGGCGUAGCAAAGGCUCCCUAAAGAGCCCAGUGAACAAGACUGCGCUCACGUUAAUCGCGGUGAGCUCCUGCAUCCUGGCCAUGGUGUGCGGCAGCCAGCUGUCCUGUCCACUGACUGUCAAGGUGACGCUUCACGUUCCUGAGCACUUCAUUGCAGAUGGGAGCAGCUUUGUCGUCAGCGAGGGAAGCUAUUUGGACAUCUCCGACUGGCUUAACCCGGCGAAACUCUCUCUCUAUUAUCAAAUCAAUGCCACGUCUCCUUGGGUGAGGGAUCUCUGUGGACAGAGGACGACAGAUGCAUGCGAGCAGCUCUGUGAUGAAGAGACGGGGGAGUGCAGCUGCCACGAAGGCUACGCCCCGGAUCCCGUGCACCGGCACUUGUGUGUGCGCAAUGACUGGGGACACAGCGAGGGGCCCUGGCCAUAUACAACCCUUGAGAGAGGCUAUGAUUUGGUGACUGGAGAGCAAGCCCCAGAGAAAAUACUUAGGUCCACCUACAGCCUUGGCCAAGGCCUCUGGCUUCCUGUCAGCAAGAGCUUUGUGGUUCCCCCAGUGGAGCUGUCGAUCAACCCGCUGGCCAGCUGCAAGACGGAUGUCCUCGUGACCGAAGAUCCGGCAGACGUCAGGGAAGAAGCCAUGCUGUCGACCUACUUCGAAACCAUCAACGACCUGCUCUCCUCCUUCGGGCCAGUCCGAGACUGUUCACGCAACAACGGCGGCUGCACCCGGAACUUCAAGUGUGUGUCGGAACGGAAGGUGGAUUCCACCGGCUGCAUGUGCCCCGAGGACCUCAGGCCCAUGAAAGACGGCUCCGGCUGCUACGACUACUCCAAGGGCAUCGACUGCUCAGAUGGCUUCAACGGGGGAUGCGAGCAGCUUUGUCUCCAGCAGACGGUGCCUCUCGUCUCGGACCCCCUCUCCAGCACCAUCCACAUGUUCUGCGGCUGUGUUGAAGAGUACAAGCUGGCCCCGGACGGGAAAUCCUGCCUCAUGUUGUCGGACAUCUGCGAGGGUCCAAAGUGCCUCAAGCCGGAUGUGAAAUUCAACGACACUCUGUUCGGAGAGAUGUUGCACGGCUACAACAACCGGACACAGCACGUCAACCAAGGGCAGGUCUUCCAGAUGACAUUCAGGGAGAACAACUUCAUCAAGGACUUUCCCCAGCUGGCCGACGCGUUGAUGGUGAUCCCUCUGCCCGUUGAGGAGCAGUGCCGUGGGGUGCUCUCGGAACCGCUGCCCAACCUUCAGCUGCUCACGGGCGACGUCCGGUACGACGAAGCCAUGGGCUACCCCAUGGUGCAACGCUGGAGGGUCCGGAGCAACCUGUACAGAGUGAAGCUGAGCACGAUCGCCCUCUCCGCCGGUUUUUCAAAUGUCCUGAAGAUCCUGAACAAGGACAGCAGCCGCGAGGAGCUCCUCUACUUCCUCCAGCAGUACGGCUCCCACUACAUCGCGGAGGCCCUGUACGGAUCCGAGUUCAGCUGCACCAUCCGCUUCCCCAGCAAGAAGGUUCAGCAGCAGCUCUGGCUCCAGUAUCAGAAAGAAACGACGGAGCUGGGCAACAAGAAGGAGUUGAAGUCCAUGCCAUUCAUCACGUACCUCUCGGGGCUUCUGACGGCGCAGAUGCUGUCGGACGACCAGCUGAUCUCGGGGGUGGAGAUCCGUUGCGAGGAGAAGGGCCGUUGCCCGUCCACGUGCCACCUGUGCCGGCGCCCGGGCAAAGAGCAGCUCAGCCCGACCCCGGUCCUCUUGGAAAUCAACCGCGUGGUCCCCCUGUACACCUUGAUCCAGGACAACGAGACACGGGAGGCCGUCCGGGGGGCCCUCAUGAGUUCCUGCUGGUGCUCGGGGAAAGGCGAGGUGAUUGAGGAUUGGUGCCGAUGCGACCUGAACGCUUUCGAUGAGCACGGACUCCCCAACUGCAGCCCCCUCCCUCAGCCGGUGUUGCGUCUGUCCCCAAACGUGGAACCUUCCAGCACCAUCGUCUCCCUGGAGUGGCUCGACGUGCAGCCGGCCAUCGGAACGAAGGUCUCCGACUACGUCCUCCAUCACAAGAAGGUCGACGAGUACACCGACACCGACCUCUACACGGUCCGGUUGCGUCUGUCCCCAAACGUGGAACCUUCCAGCACCAUCGUCUCCCUGGAGUGGCUCGACGUGCAGCCGGCCAUCGGAACGAAGGUCUCCGACUACGUCCUCCAUCACAAGAAGGUCGACGAGUACACCGACACCGACCUCUACACGGGAGAAUCCUUGAGCUUUGCCGACGAUUUGCUCUCCGGCCUCGGAACCUCAUGCGUGGCCGCUGGCCGGAGCCACGGGGACACCCCCGACGCCACCCUCUAUUCGGUCAUUUUCAAGUGUCUGGAGCCUGAUGGAUUGUACAAAUUCACCCUUUAUGCUGUGGACACCCGAGGAAGACACUCCGAACUGAGCACGGUCACCCUGAGAACAGCCUGCCCGUUGGUGGAUGACAGCAAGGCAGAGGAGAUAGCAGAUAAGAUCUACAACUUGUACAACGGCUACACCAGCGGCAAGGAGCAGCAGACCGCCUACAACAGCCUGAUGGAGGUCUCUGUGUCAAUGCUCUUCCGCAUCCAGCACCACUACAACGCCCACUACGAGAAGUUCGGGGACUUUGUCUGGCGCAGCGAAGACGAACUGGGCCCCAGGAAAGCCCAUCUCAUCCUUCGGAGGCUAGAGAAGAUCAGCAGCCACUGCUCCACCUUGCUCCGGAGCCCGUACAUCCAGCGCCGCACCGACACCGUCCCCUACCUCUUCUGCCGCAGCGAGGAAGUCCGGCCGUCCGGCAUGGUGUGGUACAGCAUCCUCAAGGACACCAAAAUCACGUGCGAGGAGAAGAUGGUCUCCAUGCUGCGCAACACGUACGGCGAGUCGAAGGGGCGGUGAGAGGAGGCCCUGCCCGCCCGCGGCGGCUGCGACAGGACCUUGGGGAGGCACAGCGCAGGGGGACUCGGGGGAGAGUCCAAGACGGAGCGGCAUCCGGCGGCCGGAGGGAGAGGAAACACGACCACACGGGACUUCAGAACAAAGACAGGCGGCAGCAAAUCGAGAGAUCAGCAAGAGUUUUUUUUCCUUAUCUCCCUUUUUUUAAUUAUUGUUAUAAUUAUUAUUUAAGAUGGAAGUACAUAAUUUUGGUCCGUUCAAGGGAGGGAAGUGUAUCUCUCCUUUCAAAGUCUCUUUUCUUCCUAAAGCCCUGGAUUCUGUGCUCAAACGGUCAAGAGGAAGACACAGAGCAGGACGGGGAAAUUGGGCCACUGGAGGAGGAAGGGGGGAUCACAAGGUUUCCUGGGGGGGCGCCACAUCUGUUGUUGGCAGAGGUGAACCCCCUGCCCAGACGGAUUGUGUCUCCGACGCCACCGUGGUAAGCAAGGAGGCGGGAGGCUGUGCAGUUUGCAAGAGGUGCCGACCAAGGAGGAGGCCACCAAGGGAUCCACACGUGGCUAAGGACGCGCCGGGGCGUUGUGAGCAAGCCACGGAGGGGAAACCCACGUCGCUCGAAGGUUUACAGAAGCUCUGCUCGUGCAGAGAUUUUUUUAGCAGGGUCCCACCAGGUUGUUUCAUUCAUUAAAACAUAUUU